AUGACAUCCUCUUACGUUUCAAUUUCUGAAGCCUUAGCCGAAGAUACAUUUGAUAUCAGUUUUACCAUUGUCCAACGUGGGAUUUCACCAGGCACAGGAUCCCUCCCAAUAACAUCCUUUGAACUAUUUCCAUCUCCAUUCACUAUGCCUUGUGAAGAAUUAAUUCGAGACGUUCCGAGGUUUCUUCGCUCUAACGCAGCCGAUUAUCUUUCCCAACACGAUUUCGAGUCACUCGCAUCGAAAAUCAUAUCUUAUUACCAAGAAAUAAUCCAACGUGCCUCCAUUCCUCCAUCAUUAACUCUUACUCAUCAUCGCUUCAUACCCUUAAUUGUGUAUCUUCAUGUCAGUACUUCUGAUGACGAUGAUCACGGCAUAGUACCUUUUUCUUUUCAUCUUCAAACUACCGCUCUAUAUGCAGAUAAUGAGUACAUGACAUAUAUUGAUGAUGAUGAUGAGACCUAUCAUUCCAUAGAGCAAUCCAUGCAACAACAUUAUGAUGAUCAUCAAAGUACCUUUCUAUCUGGAGACCAUUAUCAUCGACAUAUGUCGGAUGAUGAGGAGGAGGAUGACGAUGAUGACGAGUCAGCAGAAAUAUAUCAAGUCAUUGAGCAAUCUAUAGAACAUCUGUUCAUAGUUCCUGCAACUCAAGAGGCUAUAAUGUCACUCAAGAAGCUAAUGAUGUCCAGUGAUGAGGCAAAGGGGAGUCAAUGUAGCAUUUGUUUAGAAAAUUUUGAUGAUAACGUAGACGAAGACGAUGACUUUUUAGCAUUACCUUGUGAUCAUUUUUUCCAUAGUGAUUGUAUCGUAAAGUGGCUAAAAACAGGCCAUACAUGUCCGUUGUGUCGCUUUGAAUUGGCUGUAGACUGA